AUGAAUUCAGAAGAGGCGGUGGCGCCUGCCCUAUCAACAUACCAAGAUGACUCGGCAUUCACAUACGACAAAAUCGAAUCAACGAAAAAGGAGCGAAGUCAUCUCCAUUUGAAAAACCCCGAUGAUCAUCAAGAGGUAGUUUGCAAAAUACGAGAAUAUUACUCACUACCACAAUUAAUCGAGAAGUUAUCAGAAAAGAAUGGAGAUGAACCAAAGUUCAAACGUAUAACAUUACAGUUCCCCGAUGAGCUAAUAUGUGAUUCUGUCACCAUUGUCCAUAUUUUACAACAGGAGCUUGGCAUAAACACUCUGGACCAGAAGCAGAAAAUUUGGAUUCUAGCUGAUACGUCCUAUUCGGCAUGUUGUGUUGAUGAAAUAGCUGCUGAGCAUGUUCAAAGUGACUUGGUAGUUCAUUUCGGUGAUGCGUGUUUGAAUGAAGUGGCUAAAAUAAACUCCAAAUAUGUAUUGGGAAGGCCCGAAGUGGAUGUGGAUGCAAUGGUAAAACAGUUUCAGGAUAGGUAUAAUCAGGAUGAUAAAGUAGUAUUGAUGGCCAAUGCACCAUACACUUAUAUCCUACAUCAGCUAAAGGAAAAGUUAGAACAAUACAACCAUGUCAUCAUUGCUGAUUUGAUUGUCCCAAGUUCAAAGUCGGAAAUAAUUGGAUACCUGCCAAUAAAGGAAAAUGGACUCAAAAAAUUCAAUCGGACAUUUCCCGUGGAGAAUAUAUCUGAAUACGAAUUGUUUCAUGUCACUGUACCUGAAGCGCCUAGGCUUUUACAACUAACCACCAACUUUGUAUCCGUCACGACUUAUGAUACUGGUACAAAUAGCAUCUCACAAGGUCCCUAUCCUAACUUGAUGAGGCGAUAUAAAUUUGUUCAUGUUGCCCGAAGUGCAGGAACGGUUGGUAUCCUAGUCAAUACGUUGUCGUUAUCGAACACAAAGCAGUUGAUAAACACGAUAAAGGAAAAGAUUAAAAAAGCCGGUAAAAAGCAUUAUAUUUUUGUAGUGGGCAAACCGAAUGUGGCCAAAUUGGCAAAUUUUGAAAGUGUUGAUGUCUGGUGUGUAUUGGGUUGCGAUCAUCAAGGAAUCAUAAUUGAUCAAGUGAAUGAAUUUUUCAAACCUAUAGUUACUCCAUAUGAGUUAUUGCUCGGGUUGAGUGAUGAGUUGGCAUGGACUGGGAGAUGGAUUACCGAUUAUAAGACUGUCAUUGAGGAUUACAAAAUGGAAGAAGCAACUUCGAAAUUGCAAGAAGACGAAGCUGAAGCCAGUUCUGAUGAAGAACCCGAGUUUGAUCCUGUAAGUGGUAGGUAUGUGAGUAUGUCUCGACCUCUUCGACAAAUUAAUCAUUUGACGAUUAAGAAUGAGAGUGAGAAUGGAUCAAGUACUGAUGAAAAGAGAUUAGUGGAGAAGUUUUCUAAUAGUGUUGCCAUUCGUAAUACUGUGAGCACAUCAGCAAUGCAUUUGCAAAAUAGACAAUGGACUGGUUUGGGCAGUGAUUAUGCAAACAAUAAUGGUUCUGAUGAUGAUGAUGACGACGACUUAGGCGAUGAGCAAGGUACCUUAGCUGUUGAAGGAAGAUUGGGUAUAGCACGGGGGUUCUUUUCCUUGUGGUGGACCCCGUUACCUUAUAUUCUUUUGGCCAUUUUCAUAAUUUUGGUGAUUGUUAGUUUUAUUUUACUUUUCGUUGAGGGUUACAACUAUCCAUCAAAAAACCAAUGGAAAGGCUUGGGUCGCUCUGAUAUUGCCUUGGUCACUGGGGGAUCGAGUGGACUAGGACUAGAAAUCGUUAAAUCGUUAUUGGUUAGAGACGUUACGGUGUAUGUGCUUGAUCGUAAUCCCGUUCCAUUGAAAUUAGCCGAGGAGUCAAAACUCCAUUAUAUUGCUUGUGAUUUAGGCGACGAAUGUGAACUAAAGGAUAAAUUGACAAAGUUGAUUCAUGGAUUGAAUGAUAAAAAGCAGUAUAUCAGUGUUCUUGUUAAUAAUGCUGGAGUCAGAGAUCACCGAUCCUUGGUUAAUUUGAGUUUUGAAAAGGUCAAGGCCAUGUUUAAUAUCAACACAAUUCUGCAGGUUUAUAUUCUACAAAAGAUUCUUGCUAAUCACUUGUCAUACAAUGGCAAUGGUAAAUUGUCGAUUGUUACAGUAUCGUCAAUAUUGGGAACAUUUGCACCAAAGAAUUUAUCAAUUUACUCGGCAACAAAAGCAUCACAAAUCAUGUUGCAUGAGUCUUUGCAACAAGAGUUGAAGCAAUUUCCCAAGAUUAGGUUGUUGUUGGUAACUUCGGGUCAAAUGAAUACGGAAUUGUUUAAAGAUGUCACGCCUACAAAACAAUUUAUUGCUCCAGUGGUUGAUCAUGUUGAAUUAGCACAAACAAUUACCAAAAGAGUCGACAGAGGUUACAUGGGGUGUUUGGCAAGUCCAAUGUAUGCCAAUUUUCUUCCAGGAAUAAGAACAGCGCCGUUGUUUGUCCAGGAUUUCUGUAGAUGGGUAAGUGAAAUUGACGAUAAGGUUAAGGACAUUAUUUAA